CUGCGGGCAGAGGCAGCCAGCGGCGUGGAGUUGCCCCAAGGCAUCCAGAGCGUAACCGUGAGGUAAAAGGACACAGGAAAGAAGAUGGACUGGGGAGCUCUGCAGGCCAUUUUAGGAGGGGUAAAUAAACACUCCACCAGCAUCGGAAAGAUAUGGCUCACAGUCCUGUUCAUCUUCCGUAUCAUGAUCCUGGUUGUAGCUGCAGAGAGAGUCUGGGGAGAUGAACAACAAGAUUUUGUCUGCAACACACUUCAACCUGGGUGCAGAAAUGUUUGCUAUGACCAUUUUUUCCCUAUCUCUCAUAUCAGACUCUGGGCCCUGCAGCUGAUCUUUGUUUCUACACCUGCGCUCCUGGUGGCCAUGCAUGUAGCUUACACCAGGCAUGAGAAGAAAAGGCGUUUCAGAAAUGGUGAGAAAAUUGAUAUUGAAGAGCUGAAAAAUGAGAAGGUUCACAUCCAGGGCCCCCUGUGGUGGACAUACACCAGCAGCAUCUUCUUCAGGAUCAUCUUUGAGGCCAUCUUCAUGUAUGCGUUCUAUUACAUGUACAAUGGGUACCAAAUGCCUCGCUUGGUGAAGUGUAAUGCAUGGCCCUGCCCCAACACAGUGGAUUGUUUUGUUUCUCGGCCCACUGAGAAAACAACAUUCACUAUUUUCAUGCUUGCUGUGUCUGGGAUCUGCAUGAUGUUGAAUCUGGCUGAAUUGUGUUACCUAGUGAUAAAAGUUUGCAUGAGAGAACGCAGGAAAUCAACCGCUUUAAAAUAAUUUCCCCGGUAUCAGGAUUUCCUGGCUCACUAUUUUCCGCAAACUUCCUUAGGUGUCAGAAGACAAUCUGCAAUAUUUCCAUGCUCAAGGAAAAGGAUAAAAAUGACAAGUCAUUCCUAAUUUUAAAAUGAUAGCCUCCCUAGAAAGCUGCCACUGAGCUUAGUUCAUGAGCUAAUUCAGUAUUCCCUUAUCCACAAGUAAAGAGAGCAGCCUUUUGGCAGCAACUUUUCCAAGCAUGUCUGCUGCUGUGAUUCUGUUGAUGGGAUAGAGCCACUUUUCAAAAAGUGGGAAGAGACCAGAGAAGGCUCUGGUGCCCGAAGGAGAGGCAGAAAUCACAGAUUGCCUGCAUUGCACUGGUCAGCUUCAGGGGCAAGCCAGUAACAAAGAGUUUUGAUCAAAGUGGGGUGAAGGGUUUUUUGGAGAACUUGCUGCUUGUGAAAGGCAGGAAGACAGAGAGCCAAUCAUUUUUAUAGCAGGUGUAUUAUUCUUUCUCUAAGCAUUUUUGAGAGCAAGAAAAGGGACUAGGAACACAAGCACUCCAUGACAACACACAUGCCAACAGCUCCACUGGGGACCAGCAAUAUUUUAGCUUUUUAGCUCCUCACCUGCACUGAGGAGUCCCCCAACAGGGCUAGAGGAGGCCAAUCUCUGCUGGUUAUAAAUGUCAUAACGUCAUUGCAACCUCCCUCGAUUCACAGGGGCUGCAGCAGUGGGAGGAAUUAAGUAUAUUUUUUUCAUUCUCUUGGGCAAGUGAAAAAAGGCUUGUUGCCUUGGAGAAGGAGGGGCAGUGGGACUGCCUCCACCCGGCUUGCUCUCCCACAACAUUUUGCGGAGACCCUCAGUACAAUAGAAUUUAUCUGAUGAAGAGAAUUUUUAACCACUUGGCUGGGCCUCCUUCAGCUGUGUAUCUUUAAAGAUUUUCUUCAGUACAGAACAAGAAAAAUUGCCUCAUUGUUUAAUUCUGUUUGUUAUCCAGGACAGCAUGCUAUACAGUGAAUUACACCUACCAGUGCUCUUUCUAUCGGUCAUCAGUUUUAUGGAAGCUUUUCUCCACAAAACCCUCUCCUUAUCUGAGGUGCCUUUCAAGGUAGUACAUCAAACCGCUCCCUGCCUCUUCAGUAUCCCAUAUCAUGAGACUGAAUCAUCCUUCCUCUUCUUACUGUAUGUCCGGCAAGAAUUAUAGGCCCCUUGCAGAGCUAAAAUUGCAAAGUGUCUCAAUUAGAAAUGAGGGGGAACUUGAUAUUUCUCUUAAAUUUCACAUUACUAAGCUGUGAAUUACGUGUUACUAACUGGAAGAACUACGGUGAGUCAGUCAGGUCUUGUCUGUCUACAAUCGUCCCAAAAGGCAUUCAGGUUUAUGCUUGUCAUAGGCCGUUACACCAGCAUGUAUAGCAAUGCCACAUAUCUCCCAAGUGCCUGCCUAUUGAACCCACUUGUAGAACGGUGCCUAUUUCUCCUCAUUGGCUUUAAUAACUAGUUUUCCCUUUAAAAGAAUGAGCACUAGCUCAGCUCCUCUUUUUGCAUCCACCAGCUCCUCCAGUACACUCAAGUUUACCACCGUUGAAGUAAAAAAGAUGCAUUAAUUAAGGCCCAUGACCUCUCACUAUGCCCUAGAAAUGUAGCAUAAGCAGGCUCCCACUGCUGGUGUGCUACAAUCCAGUGUUACAGCUUAACUGCUGAUGGAAGUAUGGCAGCUAAUAGAGGAGCAGGAAAAAAAAAUCUAAGCGGCAUCCUCAGAAGCAUGAACAAAAAACAUGGAAAGUCCUUAAUAAUGAGCUGAACUGAAAACUCGGUCUAUGAAAAAAUCCUUAAUUCAACUCUAAAGAACAAAGCUUGGCACGUAUUAGAUUUGUGCUUGGUAGCGUUCCUGCAUUGUUCAUGUACACGUACAAAGAGAACAAAUUAUCUACGCUCCCAGUGCUCUAGUAUUACAUUUAUUUUGUAACAACAAGAUUUUUAUUUUCUUCUGAAACCAUAAUUACAGCACUCUUGUGGUGCCUGUGGUUCUGUAUUACUUGCAUGUACCAUGUAUUACUUAACGUGUUUAAUGAAAAUUUGUUUACCAUAAUAGACCAUGUAUGCACCAAUGCUACAUUUAAUAGCCAAGAGCUACUGUAAGCGUUUUAGACUUCUACUGCAGGUUAGCUUCCAGGUGGUUGCCCUGCUUGUUGUCCUGCAGACUUCAUGAGCUGCCAAUGACCUGUACUGGAAAUCAACAGUGCUGUCUAAAUCCAUCUUGUACUAGCAGAGCUGCAGCUGGGAAAGGCUGCUGAUAAAUAACUUAUCAGCUCCGCAAGACAGAGAUUGGUCUCCCAGUCUGCCUUUGAUUGGAAUUUAUAAAAAAAUGAGACACACCGAAAUUGAUAGCACUAUUUAAUUAUCUUCAGCUAGCAGUUUGGCAGCUGGAUAUCAUGAAGGGGACAAAGAAAGAAAUUGGGUAAGUGACUGGAAGUGGCCCGGAAAGGGCUUUGAUCCAGAAUUGUAGCAUCAGUGACAAUAAGUCUGUCAGGAUAUUUACUAUCUGUGAGACUUCUUUUCUGUUUGUAUUUGACUAAAUAGCUGCUUUGUACGAGAAAAAAAAAUCCGCAACUUCAUAGGAACUAAGCCCUUUGCACCUAUUUCUGUGUGCUAUAUUGCAUGGUUGACUUCCUGCCAAUGGAUUUUAUACAGAUUAAAAUACAAUGCUGUAC